AGGAAGUACCGAGUGCUACAAAUCACCACAAACAUCACUGAAACUGUAACAGCCAGCAACGUUGUGACAGUUUCCUGUCGCACGUGUUUUCUAUCGUAUUGUAACAAUGGCGGAAGAGGUUUCCUGCUUGAAGGCACGGCUUAUGGAGAAAGAAAAAGAGAUAGUUGCAUUGAAGAAUAAACUGACAUUAGAAAAGAACAGUUUGAUAGAUCUGCAGCUGCAGGAGAAAGUGACAACACUUCCACCUCUGAAACUCAAGGCAGCCUUGUCCAAUGAAGACAUCAUGCGCUACAGCAGACAGCUUAUACUGCCAGAGUUUGGUGUACAAGGUCAGCUAAACCUCUCCCAGACAUCAGUGCUGGUUGUGGGGUGUGGAGGACUAGGUUGUCCCCUGGCACAGUAUCUAGCUGCAGCAGGAAUCGGGCGUGUGGGUCUUCUGGACUAUGACGAGGUGGAACUGAGUAACCUGCACAGACAGGUGCUCCAUGGAGAAGACAGCCAGGGACAGGCCAAGGCCCAGUCUGCUGCCCAUGCUGUCAGAAGGUUGAACUCCACAGUAGAAUGCAUUCCCUACCACUUCCAGCUGUCUCCAGAAAAUGCUUUACAGCUCAUCCAACAGUACGACAUUGUGGCUGACUGUUCGGACAACGUUCCCACCCGGUAUCUGGUGAAUGAUGCCUGUGUCCUCAGUGGCAAGCCCCUAGUAUCUGCCAGUGCCCUGAGAAUGGAGGGCCAGUUGACAGUGUAUAAUUACCGUGGAGGGCCCUGCUACAGGUGCCUGUACCCAAAGCCUCCACCCCCAGAGAUGGUGACCAACUGCUCUGACGGAGGGAUCUUAGGAGUAGUGCCAGGGAUCAUGGGAUGCUUCCAAGCACUGGAGGUCCUGAAGAUAGCCUCAGGACAGGGCUCUUCCUGUGGCCAACAGCUGUUGAUGUUUGACGCCCAAGAUGCCAAGUUCCGGUCCAUCAGGCUGCGGUCCAAGCAGGCCAGCUGUGCUGUGUGUGGAGAGAACCCCACUGUCACACACCUUGUAGAUUAUGAGAAGUUCUGUGGGUCUGCUGCCACAGAUAAGUGUCGAAGACUAAACCUUCUCUCCAAAGACCAGAGGGUAACAGUGCAGGAGUAUAAAUCUAUAGUGGACAACACAGCUGCUCAUCUCCUGCUAGAUGUUCGCCCUCUAGUGGAGGUAGAUAUAUGUCACCUACCCACCUCCCUCAACAUUCCUCUAUCCAGUUUAGAGGACAGAAAAAGUGAACAUAUCCGAGUGCUGAAGGAGAGAAUUGGCAGAGUGAAAGAGGAGAUGUUGAAUGAAUCCCAGGUCCCAGUAUAUGUGAUCUGUAAGCUGGGUAAUGACUCCCAGAAGGCAGUUCAGGUCUUGGAGAAGAUGUCAGGCUCUGAAGUGGACUUUGUCACUGUUAAAGACAUCUGUGGAGGGCUGAUGGCCUGGGCACAGAAGAUAGACCCCUCUUUCCCACAGUAUUGACUCAACGUCACAGGUUCUGCACUGUGGAUUCAUGACUUUGUUAAUAAACCUUGUUUUUCUACCUUGUUUUAUGUAUGCUGGUUGCAUUGGACAUGGCAAAUAUGACUGACAGAUUAAAUUGCAGUUACAUCUUAAAGGUGAAAAGUGAAAGAAAUAGUCACAUAUCUGCUGUUCAUGUUUUCUGGGCUGUAUUAUAUAUAUAUAUAACCUUGUUCCAGAUUGUAGAAUUUUAAUAACCCCAAUUCAUCGUGAAGGGGAUGCAGGGUAAUAUGUGUGUGUGUUAAUGCAUUAUGAAUUUUUAGCUAUUCGGGAACAUGGAUAAAAGUUAACGAAUGUGUUAUUAUUGAGUUGUUACACAUUUAUACAUUCAUAAUGAGUUUCCAGUUUGGAUAUGACAAUGAGUAGCUGAUGCAUGUCACCAUCCUCUCCAAAACAAUAUUAGAAGCAACACUGCGACAGUGUAAAGAAUAAAGAAUGAUGACAUGUU